CGCAUGUUGAGCAUUUACUGAAGAGCGGAGGAGGAGGAGGAGCCAAGCUGCCGCCUAUGAAUGAAUGAAGACCUGAGACACAGAACGAGUGAGGAGCCGAACACGGAGCAAAGCUUCAGGAUUUCGCUGCCACAAAAUGUGGAAGAACCGUAGGAGUAGGAGGGAGGCCCAGCAUCCAAACCUACGGCUGCUUCACUACAGAUAUGUGGAUCAGUCCGCGAGUCAGAGGCAGCUCAUCAGGAGUCGGGAUGAAACCACAGGGAUGUGAACAGUGAAGAGGUUCGUCAUGGGACUGAUCCGAACCCCCGACCUCAGUCCAGGCAUCGGCCAGGCCAACGGCUCCCUGCCCGCCUCGCCUCCGCCCCCGUCGUCCUGCAGCAUCGAUGAGUCCUACAAGUACGUCUUCCUGCCCGUCUGCUACUCGCUGACCUUCGUCUUCAGCCUCACCCUCAACUCGGUGGUGCUGCUCCGCUCCUGCUGCUGCGGUGGCGGCGGGCAGCGCUGGAACACGUCCCUGAUCUACAUGGUGAACCUGGCCAGCACCGACCUGAUGUACGGCCUGUCGCUGCCCUUCCUGGUGGCCAGCUACGUGCUGAGGGACAGCUGGGUGUUCGGGGACUUCAUGUGCCGCCUCGUUCGCUUCCUCUUCUACUUUAACCUUUACUGCUCCAUCUUCUUCCUGACCUGCAUCUCUGUUCACAGGUACCUGGGCAUCUGCCACCCCAUGAGGACCAUCACGCUGGAGAGCAAGCGGGUGGUGAAAGGCACCUGUGCACUGGUGUGGGUGGUGGUCUUCAUUCUCACCUGCCCCAUUUUUAGGUUUGCAAAGACGGGAUAUGUGGAGCGAGGAGGUGGCAGGGUGCUGGGACUUGGUGGGAACACAACCAGUGAUGGCUACUGGAACUGCUGGGAUGAUGCCAUUGACAAGGAGUUUGCCGACUACGUCCCGUACGGCAUCGUCCUCCAUGUGUUGGGCUUCUUUUUGCCCUUCGUCAUCAUCGCUUGGUGCUACUCCCAGGUGGUUAGGACCAUAUUUCAGACUCUGCGCUCCCCUCCGAGUUCCAUAGAGGGUGGCGAGGAUGGGCCGGCGGGGGACGCGGGGCCCGAGGGCGUUCGGGACCGAGACAGAACCUCAGUGUCCAUCUCUGGCUCACAGUACUCCCACUACAUCUGUCGGCGGCGUAAAUCUAUUAAGACCAUCCUAACCAUCACUUUGCUCUUUGCACUGUGCUUCUUGCCCUUCCAUGUGACCCGGACGCUGUUCCUGCUGCUGCGGAGAGGGCAGCUCGGCGGCUGCAAUGCCAUGAAGACUGUCUCCAUUUGCUACAAGGUCACUCGGCCACUGGCCUCCUGCAACGCGUGGCUCAACGCGCUCCUCUACUUCCUGACGGGGGACAAGGGAGCUCCUUGCUGCUGGUCAGCAAAACACACGGUACGCCGAGACCAUCGCAGCGGCUCCCUCUGGUGGCCCCUGAAGAUCCUGAAGAAGGAGGCCCUGGGAGAGGAUGAGCAGGAGGCGGACGAGAAGGUCGAAAGGGAGGUGCACCUAGAAAACGAAUCCAAGUCUUCAAGGGUCAUCUUCUAGGACAUUGGCAUUUUCUUCACAUGACUUACAUGCUGCUUAUUCCCGCAUUUGUCAAUGGGAGCGUUAGAACAUUUUAAGUUUUUUGUUGCAGAUGUUUUCAGAAAAUGUUAAAUAAAUGAAGGAACAGAAUCAAACAUAAAGACCCAAAAAUAUCUGAUCAAUCUUUUAGGUCACUGGUCAGUAAAUGAGCAAACACCUCAUAUUCAGAUGGACACAGACAGAAGUGACAAGAUUAUUCUUAUUUUAUGUUUGUAUCAAUUUAAAACAUUACAUUUAGUAGCAACAGCAUUUGUCUCCUACAGCUUCAGAUGAUGAAGUCGUCCAUUCAAAAACUGCAACUUAAUAUCUGACUAAUAAAAAAUGUCCAUUUGCAUGAAACUC